UGGAUUUCCAGAAUUGACACUGACGUUUUACGUAUGACAUUGACAGAAUAGUCCAUUUUGAUUUGUUUUCGUGUUGCAUUUUCUAGAAAUUAAAAAGUGAGAUUUCAAUAUACACGACAAAAAAUGGUUAAAAUCGCCCUUCAAAUACAAGCAAAUUUGGAAUGCAUAGAGAAACUGUACACAAACCAUCCGUAUUACCAAUGGUUUCUAAAAUUAAAGUGCGGAAGUUGUGGCGAAGUGUCGGAAAAGUUUCACGAUCUCACCGAAGCUGAAAAAAUACCUCAAAAACACAACAGGUCGGAGACAAACCUGCUGAUUAAAUGCAAAUUGUGUUCGAGGGAGAAUAGUAUGGAUGUUAUUGAGGGCAGUAAUGGUCAAUACACCAACAAUGAUGUAGGCAAGUUCAAGACUAUUGUAAUAUUUGACUGCAGAGGGGUGGAGCCAGUGGAUUUCGAGCCCAAGUCUGGGUGGAUUGCUGAGGCAGAGGAUGAUGGUAAGAAGUUUGAAGAUGUGGACUUAUCUGAAAAAGAAUGGGUGGAUUAUGAUGAGAAGAACCAGACAUCAGUGGGAGUGUAUGAGCUGGAGUGGAAGUUCAUUAAAGUGAAGUAAAAAACAUGUCAUUUACGUAAAGACUUAUGCAAUAUUUAUGGUUUAUAAUAAAUCGAUUUUUAAGUUUUUUUUU